AUGGCGACCCCGUUCGCAUCGACACCCGGUUUUUCUGCAUCAUCCCCAUUCAGUCCUGGUGGCGGCUCUUUUUCGCCAGCGGCUGGUGCUUUUUCACCCAUGGCAAGCCCGGCAUCUCCUGGUUUUAUGGUGGGCUCACCUGCACACAGUCCUGCGUCCCCGUUGAACCCGGCGUCGCCUGCUUACAGCCCGAUGUCUCCAGCGUACAGCCCGACUUCUCCAGCGUACAGCCCCACAUCGCCAGCGUACAGCCCGACAUCUCCUGCGUACUCACCGACGUCCCCAGCGUACAGUCCGACGUCGCCAGCAUAUUCACCGACCUCACCGGCGUACAGCCCUACGUCCCCGGCGUACAGUCCGACGUCUCCUGCUUAUAGUCCGACGUCUCCCGCCUACAGUCCGACAUCCCCGGCGUACUCACCGACGUCUCCUGCUUACAGCCCGACAUCGCCUGCGUACUCGCCAACGUCGCCUGCUUAUAGCCCGACGUCGCCUGCGUACAGUCCGACUUCACCUGCGUACAGUCCGACGUCUCCUGCGUACAGCCCCACGUCGCCUGCGUACAGCCCGACUUCUCCUGCAUACAGUCCGACCAGCCCGGCUUACAGUCCCACCUCGCCGGCUUACACUCCCGCGUAUUCGCCUACGUCUCCAGCGUACAGUCCGACAUCACCGGCCUACUCACCGACAUCGCCUGCGUAUUCGCCAACGUCGCCAGCUUACUCGCCGACAUCACCGGCGUACAGUCCGACGUCACCUGCUUAUUCGCCGACAUCUCCCGCGUACAGCCCGACGUCGCCUAGCUACAGUCCAGCGUCUCCUGAGUACAAUCCGAUGGAAGGCUACAACCCGACUGCUAGUGGCUACAGCCCGACCGAUGCCGAUGAGAAGAGGGAUGGAGGUGAUGCGUAG